GUUUGACAUUUGUAAAAAAGCAAAUCGAGGUGUUGUUUUUGCUACCGGAAAUUUCGGGAUUUCAAUUGAUUGCUACGCAAAUGUCUUAUUUUGUGAUUUUAUAACAAAAUAUAAACUUGUGAAAUGUCGCAAGUGAAGAACACGGGAGGCCAAAAGGCCGGCUGCAUUUACAGGAUAACACUUGCUAACUUCGUAACCUACCAAAGUGUGGAGCUGUUACCAAAUUCGUCCCUGAACCUGAUCAUCGGUCCCAAUGGCACUGGCAAAUCCACGUUUGUAUGCGCCAUCAUACUGGGGCUCUGUGGCGAGCCCAGUGUUAUUGGACGAGCUAAGAAUAUAUCAGAAUACGUUCGAAGCGGUUGUGAUGAAGCGACAAUAGAAAUAGAAUUGUACCAAAACCCCGGACAGAGGAAUGUUAUCAUCAGGAGAACAUUCAACACGUCAAACAAAUCUAAAUGGUAUAUUGACCAUAAUUUGGUUACAGUGAAGAAAGUACAAGAACUCAUAGCUUCGUUGAAUAUACAAGUAGACAACUUAUGUCAGUUACUACCUCAAGACAGAGUCCAAGAUUUUUCGAAGAUGAAUCCUCAAGAAUUGUUGCGUAGCACUUUAUCAGCGGUGGGUGGACAGGAGAGUGUCAGUCAAUUAGACGAACUGAUCGAAUGCCGGACGAAACAGAGAGGGCUAUCCACCCAGUUACAGACGAACAGACAAACUAUGGAGGAGUAUAUACGCUUGAAUGAGAGAUUAAAAGUAAUAAUAGACGCAAUGCAAGAACGGAAGGAGAUUGAGAAGCAAAUUGAGAUCUGUGAAAAAAAGAAAAUGUUCUUAGAGUAUAAAUUCGCGAGGGACAAAGUCGUUGAGUUGACAAGAGAUAAGAACGAGGCAAUUAAAAUUGUGAAAACCCACCAAACUAAAGUGGAGCCUUUAGAACAAGUCAUAGAGGGCGCUAGAGUAGAAAUUAGGAGGCUAGAACAACAAAAAUUGGCUGCGAACAAAAAGACUUACAAUUUAAAAGAUCAAGUUAAAGAAAUCAUAAGCGCUAUCCGCUUACAAGAGCCCAAAUUGAAGCAGAUUGAAGAUGCUUUCCAAGAUAAAUUGGAAAGACAUAGAAACAGAGAAAGAGAACUACAAGAGUCUAAAGCUAAACUGGAGAAGUUGAAAAUGGACAGGUGUAGAUUGGUGGAGAGGGUUGGAGAUGGUACAAAAGUGAAGAUGGAAUUGGCGGAAAUAAAAACUCCUAUAGAAAGAACUAAUGCGGCUAUAGGCAAUCAGAAGAAGCAGAAAUCAGAGAUACAAUAUGAUUAUGAUCACAAUGUUAUACCGCAAAUCAGAGCUUAUCAGAACAAAAUAAGAACACUAGAGGAUGUGGACAAUAAGCGCUUGGAAGUGUUGAGGAGUUACAGUGAAGACACGUAUAAGGCUGUCGCGUGGUUUCGACAGAACCGAGAAAUGUUCCAACAGCCUGUUUAUGAACCGAUGAUGCUUGAGAUAAGAUUCACAGAUCCAAAAUUCGCUCGGUACCUAGAGUCUACGGUCGCUGGUAGAGAUCUAAUAGCCUUCACGUUUGAGUCGACCCGGGAUAUGAACCUCUUCCUUCAGAAAGUUCGAAGGGAACUUGGAUUGAAACAAGUUAAUGCAGUCUGUAGUCAAAGCGGACCUAUCGAUCGGCCUCAGACUAAUAUACAGCAAUUGAGCUACCUGGGUUUCUACACGUACCUAGUAGACACUAUAACGGCUCCGUCCGCGAUAGUUCGCUACCUGUGCCGGAAUUACGGCAUACACCGGGUCCCUAUUGGCAACGAGCACACUUACAAGAACAGCGGGAAAGUUCCAGCUAAUAUCAACUUCUUUUUUACUGAGAACCACAGGUUCUCAGUUCGUGUGUCUGCGUACAGCGGUGAGAAAUCCACGUCUACGACUGAGAUCCGACCGCCAAAGCUCCUGGCGAACACCGUCGACGUCGAAGAAAUUGAUAAUUUUAAUAAACAAUUGUCCGUCUUAGAACAAAGGGCGCAGUCCCAUAGAGCCAGCAUACAAGAGAUUGACAAGAAACUAUCGAUAUUGGAGAGUGAUCUGAACGAACUCAAUAUGAAACGAAAAGCCAUCAAUGAGGGGGUUGAGAAAGUACGAACAAUAACAGCUCAAAUACGAGUGCAAACUAAAAAAGUAGAAGAUAUAGAACAAGAGGCUACAUUCGACAUCGAGCAGGAAAGACACCGCGCCAGAGAGAAACAGAAAGCUUGCGUACUCAAACAGUGUAAUAGCCACAUAGAACUGAAGAAUUGUUUCGCAACACUCUGCGAGGAAAUGAACAAAGCUGGCAUGUGGGAGGCAAAACUGGGAAUCUGUAGAGAUGGCAUAGUAGACCAGGAAAAUCAACUAAGAGAAUUGAAGUCGGAAUUGAGAAAUGUACAGGCAACCCUAGAAAACAUAGACAAUCAACUGACCAGAGCGAAGUCAGAUGCCAAAGAGAAGUUACUAGAAGCUAAGAAGAGUUGCAGGAAUAAAUUACCAGAAGAUAAAGAUUUUCCCUACAAAAAGGAAUUUGCAGAAUUACCGAGCGAUUUGACCAGACUGCAAGAACAUUGUUAUGAGUUGCAGACCAAAGUCGACUUUAUGGAUAAAGGAGAUGAACAGGUCAUAAAAGAAUAUGAAGAACGAGAGAGGAUGAUAGCCAGGCUUAGAUCUGAAGACAUGAACUCCAGUGAUAUGACCAAGUCACUUGAAACUAAGAUGGCUGCUAUAAAGUCACAAUGGUUGCCGCCCUUAGAGAAUUUGCUCCGCGAUAUCGACAGGAGUUUCGGCGAUAUGUUCGCGAAAUUGGGCUGCGCCGGUGAAAUUAAACUCGAGAAGGCCGGUGAUGAUGAUGACUACGACAAAUAUGGAAUCUCAAUACUGGUAAAAUUCCGUGAAUCGGAGCAGUUGCAACAGUUGACUCGACACACGCAGUCCGGCGGGGAGCGAGCUUUGUCCACUGCGUUGUAUCUAAUGGCAUUGCAAAGAUUAACUACUGUACCGUUCAGAUGCGUGGACGAGAUAAACCAAGGCAUGGACGCUAUAAACGAGCGAAAAAUGUUCGAAUUGCUCGUCAAGGUGACCACAGAAUCGGACAACGCGCAAUACUUCUUGUUGACGCCUAAGCUACUAGCAAACUUAAACUACAACGAGAAAAUAAUGGUACACACAAUUAUGAACGGAAGAAAAAUUAUUCAUUAUAACAAAUGGAAUCAUGAUACUUUCUUAGAGAAAGCCAAGAAGUACAGAAUGUCCUGACAUUCUUUUUUAAACCUUAUUCUUUGUACUUAUUAAAUCUAUAUUAGUAUGUCUCACUCGUAGAAUUUCGAUGUGAAAUUUUCGCGCUCUCUAGAUGUCGCCACUGGCGUUUUAAAUCACUAAGACCAAGUGUAUAUGUUUAGUAUUGGAUGGUAUUUUUGUACGUGAUCUCGCUCUGUUAACGUUCUAAACAGUUUUCAAAUUAAUGUUAAUACCAUUU